UCUGGCCAUCGAUCGACAUGGCAUCCCAGCACAACUCCCUUCGCGACCGUCAAGUGGNCGUCCAUUGAGAAGGUCCUGAACCUCAACCACGCCUCUCCCGAAAGCGCAGAUACACAACACGAUGCAACCCUUGCCAACGGUCUCGUCACCAAAGCCACUCCUAUCCUCAAUGCCGACGGCGAGCCGAUCUGGAAGGUUCUUGUCUUUGACAACCUAGGAAGAGAUAUGAUCAGUAGUGUCCUUCGCGUCUCAGACUUGCGCUCUUGGGGAGUCACCAUACACCUGUACGUCGCCAAAAUCAGCUGCUUGCUCUUUGAGCCCUUGCGCAUGCUGAGUCUUGCUACAGAGCUGCUGCUGACAGCAACGUGUCAGANNCCUAUUACCUCAAAACGUCAUGCUAUUCCAGACGUCCCUGCCCUCUACCUCGUCGAACCUACCCAUGAGAACCUGAAUAUCAUCGCUUCCGAUCUCGCAAACGGCCUCUACUCGUCUGCCUACGUCAAUUUUCUCUCGUCAAUAUCCAGACCUGUCUUGGAGGAUUUCGCCGCCCAAAUCGCCGCAGGAGGAACAUCGGAGAGCAUUGAGCAAGUCUAUGACCAAUAUCUGAACUUCGUCGUCAGCGAGCCCAACCUGUUCAGUCUGGGAAUGGGCAAAGAUGUCUACUAUACUAUGAACAGUGCGCAGACCAGCGACGAGGAGAUCGACGCAAAAGUCGACCGCAUCGUGAGUGGUCUGUUCAGCGUCGCCGUGACCAUGGGUAAGUCCAGUAAAUGCUCUUGCGAUCCUUAUUCUGACCGUUCCANNGGCUCUAUCCCCAUCAUUCGAUGCCCGAAGGGCGGCGCAGCGGAAAUGAUCGCAGCCAAGCUUGACCGCAAACUGCGCGAUCACAUUCUGAAUGCGAAGGACAACCUCUUCUCCGGCGCCAAUGCUCGCAACAACACUGCAGCUACCACACCAGCUUCGCGACCUAUCUUGAUCAUUGUCGACAGAAACCUUGACCUCGUACCGAUGCUCUCUCACUCCUGGACAUACCAAUCACUAGUACACGAUGUGCUCAAGAUGCACCUCAACCGCAUCACAGUAGAGUUGCCAGGAGAUGACUCAGAUGCGACCAAACCUGCGACUAAGCGAUCAUACGACCUGAACACAAAUGACUUCUUCUGGACCAGAAACGCGGGAGUACCGUUUCCACAAGUCGCCGAAGACAUUGACACUGAAUUGACUCGCUACAAAGAGGACGCCAACGAGAUCACCAAGAAGACCGGAGCUUCUUCAAUCGAGGAUCUGCAAAACGAUACGUCGACCUCGGCUCAGCAUCUCAAGGCAGCUAUCACUUUGUUGCCUGAAUUGCGUGAACGCAAAAACAUCCUCGACAUGCACAUGAAUAUCGCGACCGCUCUUCUGAAGGGCAUCAAGGAGAGACAGUUGGACAAUUUCUUCCAGUUAGAGGAAGACAUCAAAAAGCAGACCAAAGCACAGAUGUUGGAGUUGAUUUCGGACUCUGAUAAAGGCAAAGAACCUUUGGACAAACUCCGAAUCUUCAUCAUCUGGUUCUUGAGUACCGAGCAGGAAGUAUCCCGAGCAGAUAUGGACAAGUUCGAGGAGGCUCUGCGCAAUACUGGAGUCGACACCACCCCUUUGACUUAUAUCACGCGCAUGACCAUGAUCUCGUCGGCACCCACUCAACCUGCCCAGUCAUCAGCAUCUAAUGACCUCUUCCGAGGAUUCAGCUCACUUUCCAAGGGAUUGACGGAUAAGUUCAAGGAGGCUGGAAUCGGUUCGAACUUUGAGAAUUUGAUCUCGGGUGUUAAAAACUUCCUGCCUGCCAACAAAGACCUGACUCUGACCAAAAUCACGGAGUCAUUGAUGGAUCCGUCCAACGCCAGUACGAGCGCGCUCCAAAAGACAGAGGGCUAUCUCUACUUUGAUCCUCGCAGUGCCAACGCUCGAGGCACAAUGCCGCCGUCAGCAGCUCAGGCUAGAAAUCCUGGCGGCAGCAGCGUGACAAGAGGCAUCGAGGCAAGCUUCGGUCAACGGAGACAAGGCUACAGCGAGGCGAUUGUCUUUACAGUCGGUGGUGGCAGUAUGGACGAGUAUGGCAACUUGCAGGACUGGGCCAAUAGAACGAGCGGCCAAGGAGCAGCAGGCUCGGUAAGCAAGAAGCGCAUUGUGUACGGCAGCACGGAGCUUGUGAAUGCGGAAGACUUUGUGCUCGGGGAAUUGACCAAGUUGGGCAAUGAAAGCGCA